AUGAAGCGCUACGAAUACGACUGGUUCAACCCCCUCCUCGCAAAAUGGCGCCAAAGCCGCGGCGAGCUCCCCUGGACUGGUCCCACCGUCGAAGAAAAGUCCACCCUCCCCCUCCUCUUCGAGCCCGGCACCAGCUUCCGCUACAGCGGCGGCCCCGACUGGGCCGGAAAGCUCCUCGAGCGCCUCACUGGCACCACCCUCGAGAAAUUCAUGGCUGAGAAGAUCUUCACCCCCCUAGCCAUCAAAGACAUAACCUUCUACCCAAAUGACCGCGAAGAUAUGCUAAACCGCCUCGCAACCGUAAGCACCCUCACCGAAACAGGUGAACCUCCCGCCAUAGACGCAGCUACUUUCGACCCCCUCUUCGGCGGAAAAGACUGCCUAGGCGGCGGCGGCGCAUACGGCAGUGCGAACGCGUACUUCACCUUCUUACACGCUGUCCUCCGGCGCGACGCUAGACUCCUCACCCCGGCAUCCUACGACGAGCUUUUCCGCCCGCAGCUAGAUGCUACGUGUAAGAAAGCGUUCAACGCGUACCUCCGCUCGUCGCCGGCACAUGCGCAGUAUCUAGGGAUGAGUCUACCGUCUGAGAUAGAGAAGACGUGGAAUUUUGCGGGGAUGAUCUGUGAGGAGGAGGAGGAGGAGGAUGCGGGGUGGGACGUACUUUUGGGGUGGGGUGCCGAGUAUGUGUUGGGUGAGUUUUCGUGA